AUGCCAUCCACUACCAGAAGAAUGAAUUCCACUCAUCCUCAACAACCAGCACUUGCUGUCAAAACCACCACACCUGCCAGCUGUCAACUCAAUUUUGAAACCAUGUCCUUUGAAGACAUGAUGUCUGCUGCUUCCCUCUACUCGGACAAUUCUUUCUCCUUCGAAAGUUCCAUUUACACUUCCUCAGCCACCACUCCAACCAAUUCCAAAAAGAGAAAGAUGGCUUCUCGUUCAAAGAAUGUCUCCAACGAAGACGAAUUCCCUGAAAACCACAACCGUGAACAAGAAACCAAACAACAAGAAGAAGAAGAGCUCUCUCUCGAAAUUCCAUCCACCAAGAAGAGCAAAAUCGUUGAAAGUUACACAGCCAACAUGUCACCAACCAAGAAACAAGUUCCACUCAUUCGAUUGAGCGAAAAGAAGACCCAAGAAAGUUUCCCAAUGGAUCCUUUGAAGGCUGACACUUCAUCCAUUUCUGCUCUCUCUCUCAAUAUGAAAGAUUGUUUCUCACAAAUUGAAAACAUUAUGAAUGAGUUGAACAACGAUGACAUGUUUAGUUCGAUGUGCGUUUCAGAAAGUAUUUUCUCAAAGGCAGAUAUGGAACACGCUCUUUCACUUCUCAAUCAAUAA